UGCACACCUUCGCACGUGAUGAAUCUGACAGUUGUGCUUUUCGUUUUGGCGCUGGUAGCUACCUCGGCAACGCUAGCCGAGAAAGCCCGGUUCGAUAACUACCGUCUCUAUCGGAUAGCAAUCGAAAAUUUAGAACAUCUAGAAGUGCUGCAAGCUGUUGAACAGCUUGGAGAAGGGUACAACUUCUGGGUUGAACCAGUAAAUGUGAACAGCGAGGUGGAUUUGGUGGUUCCUCCGCAUAAAUUUGCAGAAUUCACCGAACUGGUUGAACGAUAUGGACUGCAGGCGAGGCUGAGCGUUGCUAACCUACAACAGGUGUUCGAUGAUGAACUGAGGCGAACCACAAAGGAGGCCUUUGGUUGGAAUGCGUACUACACGUUGGAAGAGAUCUAUGCCUGGAUGGAUGGGCUUGUAGCGCAAUAUCCUAAUGUGUUAACUACUGUUAUUGGUGGAACAUCGUUUGAAGGUCGUGAAAUCCGUGGUGUGAAGGUUUCGUAUAAAGAGGGCAAUCCGGGCGUAUUUAUGGAGGGAACAAUUCAUGCUCGCGAAUGGAUUAGUGCUGCGACAUUAACAUGGAUUCUGAAUGAACUGUUGACUUCUACUGACAGCCAAGUGCGACAUAUUGCAGAGAACUACGAUUGGCACUUCUUCCCAGUUACUAACCCGGACGGUUAUGUUUUCACACAUACCAAUAACCGCAUGUGGAGAAAAACCCGCCAGCCACAUGGUAUUUUGUGUGUAGGAGCUGAUCCUAAUCGGAACUGGGCUUACAACUUUAUGCAGGGUGGCGCAUCUACCAAUCCUUGCUCGGAAACCUAUGCUGGACCGGAGGCUUUUUCGGAAAUCGAAACCCGUACUCUUUCAGAGUACUUUACCUCCGUCGAACCGACAAUAACCACCUAUCUGUCAUUCCAUUCUUUCUCCCAAUUGUUGCUUCUGCCGUAUGGACACACCACAGCACCUUUGGACAAUUAUCACGAAAUGAUGGAGGUGGGAACAAAGGCAAUCGAAAAGCUCCGAGAGCGCUACGGCACGGUUUAUCAAAUUGGAAACAUAGCUGAAGCCAUUUAUAUUGCCUCCGGAGGUAGCAUUGACUGGAUCAAAGGAGUCUACAAAACUCCGAUUGUGUUCACUUACGAGCUACGAGACACCGGUGUGCAUGGGUUCGUACUGCCACCGGAUCAGAUAAUUCCAAACUCCGAAGAAACACUGGAUUCAAUCAUCGUUAUUCUUGAAGAAGGUGAAAACCGAGGUAUUCACUAGAAUGUUUGUGGUUCCGUGAGUGAGUGAGCGAAUGUUAAAAAAAUAAAUCUUGGCUGGAUAA